CUAGAAGGCAUCGUCACAUAUAUCAUUCCAGCAAGCCUGUACAUUCCUUGUUGCAGUAAAUAUGUUGUCUACCGCUGUCCGCACGUCCUUUAAGGCUCCUCGUGGUCUCCAAGUCCGCUUGAUUUCUUCUUUGCCCGGUUCCUCCCCAAAUCAAAAGGAUGACUCCAAGAAGGAGCGCCGUGAAUUGCAUUCUACUGUACAGCGAAAGGCUGACGUUGCCGACCAGUCGGUGGGAACUACCAUGGCAACGGCGAGUAGUACCACUCGGAGUAGUCUGACGGAUCGCUUCAUCGUUACCGUCGAAGCCACCGUGAGCAAGAUCUUCCCUGCCGGAUUUGGUUGGCAGACGUCAUCGAUCAUUGCGGAAAACUCGCUCGGUUACUCUCCCGAUACCAUGAGCUUUGCCCUCACGACCGGAUUUGGUGACGCCGUUGGUGUGCUCCUAGGUCACGUAGGUUACUAUGGAUUGAAGAAGUCUAUUUUGGCGGCGGACAGCAUUGACAUGACGGAAGAAUUCCAGAAAGGUGUCUUGCUGGGAUCCGCCGCGUUUUGCUCCGGAACCGCUUGGCAACCGCUCGUCAACGCCUUUCAGGGCGCCAAUCUGCCCUUCAAUCAGGUCUUUCUAGGAACAUGGGCGGGUUGCGGGUUGGCCUUUUACGUAGGCCUCCGUGCAGCCCGGACCGUCAUGUCGGGACCGAUGCAGUACAUUGAAGCGCCGACUUUUGCCAACAGCCAAACGGACAUGGGCUUGUCGGUUGCCAUUGGUGGAGCUACCGGAUUUUUUGUAGGCACAGAUGCGGCCUAUCUGCCUGACCAAAACUUUUUGAAGGGUGUGGUUGGGAUUGCGGACGGUACGCCCGACUUGGUUGGCUGUGCCAUUGCUGGUUCUUCCACGGCGUUGGGAUUCAUGACUGCUCAGUCGGCUAUGAAUUUAGCCUACCCCAAGGGCAAGAGUUGGAACGAUUGACGCGUGCGUUUUUGCUUUUUGGAAGUCUUUCUGUCUGGUUUUCCAUUGUUGAAACGGAUUGCCAACGAGAGAUUUUGUUUGGUUUUGACGAAACCGCGAUUUUACUGAAACGACGGUUUCAACAUUUUGAGUUGUUCUUUUGGACACUCCUAUAAUCUUUUUGAGUUUUCUUUUGUAAUC